AUGACGCUGCUACUCCGCGGGAACAAAUUCGUCACCAUUGUCAACGCCCAAGCUCUCUCCAUGACAAAAUCCGGCGACGUGAAGAACAAGUUCUGCGAAGACCUGCACGCCUCCCCCCCUCCCCUUCGUACUGUGUCGAAGGCUGACAAACUGGUUGGCCCUGGCGACGUCAAUGUCCGCGUCAGCACAGACCAUGCUGCCGGUCACCAUGAGACCAUGCAACAGCAAUGGCCCUUUCCUCCUGUAGAUCUGCGUGGAACACAGUCUUCUCCUGACCAACACCUUUUCCCGUCCCUUGCUGGCGUCACCGAAAUGUGCCGGAUUGUGCCCUCGUCCGGAGACCUGACCAACAUGACGUGCUCGUGA